GAGAAGGGAUUCACCAAAUCUUCCAAAAUCCCCAACCCCUUUGGGGCUUGAAAACCUUCCUGACCAAACAAGGCCUCAAGGGGUCCAAAGUCCAAACCCGGCACGCGGCCGCAACAUUUCCUCAGCCAGCCCAACAAACCCGCCCCGGCGCCACCGUCCCCGACCAGCAAAACCGCCUCCCGCUCCUCCCCACCUCCCUCCUCCUCCACCCUCGCUCGGCCUCGUCGCGGACGCCUCCUCCGGCUCCUCGGGUUCUUCCUCCGAGGCCCUCUCCCUCGCCGUCUCCUGUUUCCAGGCGACAGGCGUGAUGGUAGAGGAGAAGAGGGAGAGGGCGGAGGAGGCGUCCGACAGCCCGCAGAAAUCCCCGCGCCUGGACCCGCUGGCUGGUCCUGGAUGCAGCGACGCGCCUGCGUCUCCGACGGAUUCGAGCGGCGAGUGGCCAUCGUCCGGGGAAGCGGAGGCGGGGACCAGCAGCGACAGUAUGGACGACAGCGGGCGGUGCGACCACAUACUCUUCGACCUGGAUAUGGUGGUACAUGAUCUCAAGGUCGCAAACCAGGUCCUCAAGGAGCCUCGGAAGUGCCAGCGUCGUAAUUGCAAGACGACCUGGGAGGGAGCCAGUGAGGACGACCAAGGGAUGAUGAAGUGCAUAGACUGCGCCUAUUUCUUCUGCUCUGGGUGGCUGGUGGACAGGGAUGAUCCGCAGGGACACGCCCGCUGGCACGCCGGCGAGCACCAGCAUUGGGUUGCUCAGUGGUGCGAUGAACCGAAUUUGGGAUACUGUAUUCGGGAGAAAGAAUGA